UGCGAGUCCUUCAGGAUUUAUGCCUGUCCUCCAAAAUUCGGUAAGAAAUUGUAAGGAAUCGGGGAGCCGAGGGAUUGGAGGCUCUGCGCCAGUCCAGCAACCACACGCAUUGCUUGCUGAUUGGACUCGGUCAGCACACCUGAAGCCACUCACUCCGCGUGUGAUUUGGCUUUCGUAGCUGUCUGGGCUUGAGGUUCAAUCUUCCAACCCCGCAUGCAGUGUUACAUAGGUGCCCACAAAGCAAAAAAUGAGGAAACCAGCAAACAUGUCGUUGGUAAAGCGUCUCCCGCGCACCUCCACUCGUGUCUGGAGAUUUGCAUGUCCCUGAUGCAAAGAAGACUCCGGAGGACGCAAAAAAGUCAUCUCGCAACGCUGAACGAGCCGUUGCAAUGCAAAAAGGAAAGAUGCAUCCUCCGGGAGUCGAACCCGAACCAAUUGCUUGGAAGGCAAUUAUCCUACCGUUGGACCAAGGAUGCUGUUGAACAUCCUACUGUUUGUAGGUGAUUUUUGAUGGAAAAGUGGCCGUUUUUUGCGUAUAUAAUGGCUGCACAACGUCUCAGGAA